CAGCUAACUUCUUGAGUAAUCUUUUGCCGUCCUCAGCUUUACAAGACAAGAGAAGCCCCUUCGAAAUACUAAACGACGUUUCUUAUCUGGCAAAUUCUAUUCUCCAUGGUUUUUCUCGGGAGGAGAUAUAGAAUAAACCAAGUAUUCGGAUGUGUUCUUGUAGCGUUUGGUGUAAUCGUCAGUGUGGCAAGUGGAUCGGAGGCCGCUAAUUCAUUUAAAGAUGCUGGAAUAUUUUGGAGUGUUCUUAUGGUAUUAUCUUUUAUGCUUCAAGGAGCAGAUACAGUAAUGAAGGAAAUCAUCUUUAUAGAUAGCAAAAAGCGGUUGAAGGGUGCUUCACUUGAUCUCUUUGUUGUAAACUCAUAUGGUUCAAUUUUCCAAGUCAUAUGCAUUGCGUUGCUUCUUCCUUUUCUUUCAAAACUUUGGGGCAUACCGUUUAACCAACUACCAAGCUAUCUCAGAGACGGAGGUGCUUGCUUUCUGAACAUUGGUGCUAAAACAACAGGAUGCGAAGGGGCUCCUCUUCUACCUAUAAUGUUUGUAAUGAUGAACAUGGCUUACAACAUCUCUCUUCUACGCCUCAUCAAGAUCUCAUCUGCUGUUGUGUCGUCUCUGAAAGUUGCCCAUAGCGGUUUACUUCUUCACGCUUCCCUUUCCGUACCUUGGAGUCGCAUCUGCACUUCCAACAGGGUUUGUGGCAGGCACAGUCAUCCUCGUACUGGGCAUGCUUCUAUAUGCGUGGACACCAUCAUCUCAAACUCCCGAUUCGGUUAUCCCCUCCUCGCCCCCAUCAACUUAAACGGGCAGGAGGAGGUUGAUUUUGUAGCUUUGUUUGUUUGUUUGUUAUUUUUCUAUCUCAAUCUCAUUGUAUGUAGCAUCUGUCCUUUUUUGUCAAUCAAGGAAUAAGUUAGCUCAUUAUUUUGUAACAACUAU